UGCUGAUCCCAGGAACGCUCCCGCCGUUUCGCCGUCGUGCUCGUUGCGGGCAGCAGCGAGACCGAUGGAGGGGCUUGCGGUGGCCGGGCCGGCGCCGUUCCUGAGGAAGACGUACAACAUGGUGUCGGACCCGGGAACGGACGCCGUAGUGUCGUGGGGUUCGAGCCGGGACAGCUUCGUGGUGGGGGACCCGCACGAGUUCUCGAAGCUGGGCCUGCCUCGAUACUUCAAGCACUCCAACUUCUCCAGCUUCGUUAGGCAGCUCAACACUUACGGUUUUAGGAAGAUCGAUACGGAUAGAUGGGAGUUUGCAAACGAAGGUUUUCAGGGAGGGAAGAAGCACUUGCUGAAGAAUAUAAAGAGGAGAGGCAAAUUCAGCAAGCAACGAAAGACGUCGAGAAGUGCCGUUGCCUCAGAUCACCCGAAAGCCGAAAAGGAAGCCGAACUCGAAAUGCUGAAGAAGGACCAGGAAACGUUGAAGGCCAAGAUCCUGAAACUAAGAGAAGAGCGGGAGAACUCACAGCAUGAGAUCGACGGGGUCGCCGAGCUGGUUCAGUAUGCCGAGUGCAGGCACCAGCAGAUGUUCCUCUUCCUCUCCAAAGCAGCCAAAUGCCCCAACUUUGUCCAGCAUGUAAUCCGGAAGGGGAGGCAGAAGAGAGAACUAAAAGCUCGUGAAUCAUGCAAGAAGAGCAAAUUGCUAGGUCCAGAUAGCGAAGCCACCAAAUGCUUGCUUGACGCAAUGAAUCCCAAGAUUCAAAGGCCAACUGUCGAUUGCUCGAGAAUCAGUGAUGGUUCGGCACAGAUGGAGUCUUGGCCGACUAGUGUCGGGCUGGAGGAUUUUGAGGCCAUUCAGACGCACAAUCCGUGGCCUUCUCUAGUGGGUGGUGGAGAUUUCAGGGUUGCGCAGGGUCAGACGCCGGAUCAGAUGGCCGGAGCUAGUCCGUUGCACCUGUCUUUGGUUUUCCAUGAGAUGUCCGUGAAGCUCCUCGGAGACAAUGCGGUUGUUGGCGACAAUGCAGCUGAUGUAGAAGAUGAUGACGACGACCUGGCGCUGAACAACACGAGAAUCUAUCUCGAAGUGGAGGGUCUGAUCGAGAAGCCAUGUGGUUAGAGUGAGUACACAAGUGAACUGGUGGAGCAACAAGCAGCGGCACCGAUGCCCUGAAUCUCCAUGAUCACAUGAUGCAGCUUUUGCAUAAUUGGAGAGAGUUUCUGAAGCGAAGUCUCUUUGCUUGGCCGAAUGAAGACAUGCUGGAAAACAGAGGAAGGAAGAGGGAAUCCGACCAUUAAACUUAGGUUCUUGAUAUGUCGACGACAAAUGCACAUACGUGUACAUAUGCUGCAGUUUCUUCCAUUUUCACCACUGCAUCAAAGGCCCCUCGGUGUUCUUUUC